GGUAUUCCGUGAAUUAGAUACAGAUACAUGCACACAAGGAAAUAGUUGGUUCAUACACAGCAGACAUUGAGGGAAAAUGUUACCGUGAUAUUUUACAGCUAUUUUUCAUGGAAGUUAAAAAGGUGUUCGUUGAUAAUGGAAUGAUGCACACACAACGCGAUGUUGCAGACGGCUCGAAGAAUUGAAAAAAAAGUGGAUCAUCAGUUGGAUGGGGAGGACAGAAAUUGAUGUUAAUUUGAAACAUGGCAGUUAAAAUGUACCCCGUGGAGUCCUGUCCUGGGGAUGGCGACUCUUGGCGGAAGGCUGGAAUCGCAUUGAACUGUCCAAAAGACACCAUCGGCAGAAACCUUUACCAAUGUGCCCCUAAUGAAUAUAAGACAGACUUGGUCGAGUUCUGCUUGAAGGGAUCCAUCGGGAGAUUUGAAGAAGGUUUAUGUGUGUACGCUUAUCCUAGUGGACACUUAGGUGUGAAGAACUGCACUACGUUUGUGACCGGAUGUCCUGAAAUGUCCUACAACAACAAUGAAAUUUACAACUACCCAGCAUGUUUAGAAAUAAAUCGUGAAGCAGGUUGCUACUUAGCGGAUCCCACGUGUCCUCCUAUUGACAGGUAAGCUCUAAAUUUAAUAUACAUAGAGAGAGAGAGAGAGAGAGAGAGAGAGAGAGAGAGAGAGAGAGAGAGAGAGAG